AUGUCUUCUUCACGCAAGGCAAUCAUCAUCGGCGCCGGGCCAGCGGGACUCUCCGCCGCGCUCCGCUUGCAUCAAACAACAAACAUUAAGCCCGUGAUAUAUGAGCUGCGACCAGAACCCACGACCUUAGGAGGUGCAAUAGGAAUUCCUUCCAAUGGCCUUCGACUCCUCGACCGGCUUGGUGUAUACGAUGCCUUGCUGAAACGAGGCAGCAGCCACAGUGGUUUCGCUAUGUAUUCCCUGACCAGAGGUAGGCUGGGUGGUCUGGAAGACUUUGUGGCUCACGCACGUGCAGAGACGGGGUACGGGUACAUGCGAGUCAAGAGGGUGGAUGUGGUGGAUGUCCUGCUUGACGCUGUACAGAAAGCCGAGAUCCCCGUUUACUUCGGGCGCAAGCUCGUUGGCGUUCUUGAUGGGGAGGACAAAGUUGGGGUGUCUGCUCAGUUCGAGGACGGCUCGACUGACAACGCCGACAUUUUGCUCGGGUGCGAUGGGAUACACUCGGCUGUGCGGCGUAUGUAUGUCGAUCCCGACCAGAAGCCAGAGUACUCUGGUUUGUCCGGGAUGUUCUCUAUCAUCCCCGCAUCACGACUAUCGGAGUCAGCAACACGUCAAAUGACAGGGUUGAGUGUGACCCUCACCGAGCAAGGAAUCUUCAUGGCGGCGCCCUGUACGGCCGGAAAAGACGAGAUAUACUGGGGCUUCCAGCGCGAAAUACCGGUGCCCGACACACAGCACAGUCGUGAUGGAUGGGAGGUCCGUGGACGUCAAGAGGUGGAUGGCUUCAGGGAUAAUCUGCAUGAGACCCUUGCAAAUGGUCAGGGAGACUGGAUCGACACGCUGAGACAGCUUGUCGAUGCAACCAACGUCAUUAAGCUGUAUCCAAUCUACCGGCUACCACUCGGCGGGACGUGGUCGCGUGGUCGCUGUCUGUUGCUCGGAGAUGCCGCGCAUGCCACCCAACCACAUGCAGGUCAGGGCGUUUCUCUGGCUCUCGAGGAUGUGUUCCUCAUAUGCCGUUUGCUGGCCGAUCCAACUCGGAGUAUAGAAGAGGCGUACGCAUCGUUUCACCGUAUUAGGAGUCCUCGGGUGGCUGAGAUCCAUCAGACCGCGGCGCGAAAUGGAGCUGUUCGAAAGAACGCUGGACCCUUUGGCCAGUGGUUGAAGGAAACGGCUCUCUGGCUCGCUCUUUCUGUGCCCUCGGGUCUGGGAAUUGGGGAUCGGCUGCUGGGCCAGAAGCACAGCACUUAUGACAUUGAGGAGGAGGAAAUAUUAAAUAUUUCGCACGGUUCUUUCUAG